AUGCUGAGCGAGGCGGAGAGCGGCGGAGCCCUUCCCGCCACCGGGGAGAUUCCCGCGGGGGAGCCCGCGGCCGGCGUGGCCAAAGCGGCGGCGGCGGCGGCGCCCCCCCCCACCGGGGGCGUCCCGGCUCGGAGCCAGGCGGCCAAGCGCGUCCUAGCCACCCAGGUACAGGGCACUGUGAAGUGGUUCAACGUCCGCAAUGGCUAUGGAUUUAUAAACAGGAAUGAUACCAAAGAGGAUGUGUUUGUGCACCAGACGGCGAUCAAGAGAAACAAUCCUCGCAAAUUCCUGCGAAGUGUUGGAGAUGGGGAAACGGUGGAGUUUGAUGUGGUGGAAGGCGAGAAGGGGGCCGAAGCAGCCAACGUCACCGGCCCCGGCGGGGUCCCCGUGAAAGGCAGCCGCUACGCCCCCAACCGCCGUCGCUUCCGCCGGUUUGUCCCCCGUCCCCGGCAGACCCAGAUGCCCCCAGAUGCUGCCCGGCCCGAGGGGGGCGCCGAGACGGUCAGUGAGGGGGAGAGAGCAGACGAGGCGGUACAGCAGCGCCCGCGCCGGAGGCGCCCCCCGCCUUUUUUCUUCCGCCGGAGAUUUGUGCGGGGGCCCCGGCCUCAGCCCCAGCAGGCCCAGAUGGUGGAAGGCUCCGACGGCACAGACCCCAAAGAUGCCACCCAGCCUGAAGGAGACCAGCCUCAGCAGAUCCAGGCGGGCGAGAGAGCCGCGGCACCUCGGUUCCGCCCCAGAUACCGCAGACCUUUUCGCCCCCGUCCUCCGCAGCAGCCCACCACGGAGGGGGGAGACGGCGAGACGAAAGCCGCCCAGGCCCCAGCGGACGGGAUCCGUCCCGAGCCUCAACGGCAACGUAACCGGCCUUACUUCCAGCGCCGACGCCAGCAGCCAUCUGUGGCUCGCCAGACGUCCACUGAGGCAACUGCCAAUGCGAAGGAGCCCCCGGCCCCCAGCUCCGCAGCUGCCGGGGGGGACACCCCAGCUGCCAGCACUCCUGUGAUGGCUCCAGACUCGGGGGUCGAAGCCAGCAAGCCUGCUUCCCCAGCCCAGGAAGGGGGUGCCCAGCCACUGCUGGAGAUCCAGCAACAGCUUGUGGAUCUUCUUUCUCCCCCCACGGCCUGCAAAAGGGCCCUGCAAGGCCUCAGCGGGCCACCAGGGGUCGCCCUUGAGCCACAUCUGGGCCAGCAGAGCCGAUUUUCCCAUCCGGGUAUCCAGAAUGUGCCUCCAAACCCAAGUUACCUCAUCCUGCACUUGAAGAGACCCCAGACUUCACCAAUUAAACCCUCUUUGCUGCUGUUCAAGCCCUAA